AGAAGUAUUCGAGAGGUUGCCAGCUGUUCAACAAAUAUUGGAGUCCACCUGAUUCAAGAUAUGUUUCCAGAAUUAAAAAAGACUCCAAGAUCAACAAAGAAACUUGCAGCCGCCAUAUCCAGCAGAAGAAGAAACAAAAGGCAGUACUUGCAACUGAAAGACAAAGCAGGCAGUCAAGGCAAAACUGGAAAAAGACUACUGAAAGACCGCAAGGAUCAAAAAUUACAACUUAAUGUGCCCAUUGGUUCACCACCAAGUAUAGAAACUACAGAAGACUUGGUGUCUUUGUCCCCAAGGCCAGCAUCGCCUUAUCCAAAUGAACAAGAUUCAUUUGAAGAGACCACUACAGUGGAAGAGACCCUCAACAUAACAACUAUAGAAGAGAGCUUCAACAUGUCACCAUUGAGCUCACCUACUAGUGAUAUUCCUUUAGCACGUUUAGCAGCUAAAGACCUAUCUAUUGAAGACUGUGACACAUCAGAUGAAGAAAUGGACAAAAGGCUGAUAGACUUUGUCAGGCAUUAA